AUGACAUCUGUGCACGCCCCUAUUGCUGCCUGCUUCCCCGGGCGCUCUUUGGCACAGGGUGUCCGGCCAGAAGGAGCCGCCGGCGGGGAACUCGAUGCAGGCAACCGUCGCCAGCUCCUCGGAGCAGUUGCUUGGGCACGGGUGGCAGUGUUUGCCUCCUGGGUUGACCAGCUAAUGAGUAAGAUGAUUUGGCGGCAGCGCUUCACAGUGGGUGAAGAGAGACUAGAAUUGUGGUCCUCAGUCCUGUUUCCUGUCCUAUGGGAAUCAACCGAAUGCAUUCCCACUGUGGUCUCCAGAAACAGAGCGAUGGCAUAUGGACGUGGUUCAGAGCAGCAGAGGUUACAUAUUAUAAGACAUAAGAAGGGACUAGGACCUGCUAUCCUGGAGGUAGAAUCAUUAGCCCACUUUCCACCUUUCCUUCUACCUAACCAGGGAAUUAAUGAACCUCUUCUACCCUGGAGUUGCAGGAGGAGGCACAAUAGAGUAACAGAAACCUCCAAGUUCAAGUUCAGCUACAUCUAUCCAGCUACAGACUAUAUUUCCCAGCUUCUCUUGGAGACCAGUCUAGAUACAUGGCUACAUUCUGGCUCAUGGAAUGUGAAGGUGGGUUAUGUGUGCAACCCUACAAGCAAUCACAACUCCAGAAAGAAGUUGCUUACCAUUCAUUUCUUUUUUCUACUCUUGGCUCAAAUUGAAACAUAG